AUGGGUGAUAAAACAAAUGGAAAUUCAACAACUACAAACACUUCCUAUAACAUCACUGGUCUGACUGCUGGAGUCAGUUACACAUUAAACAUCACAGCUGUUGCAGCAGAUAACUCAACAGAUGGAGAAUCAGUGGUUACCUCAAAAUACACUAAGCCUGACGUCAUAUUGAACCUCACAGCUGAUGAUAUUACAACAUCCUCUGUCUUUCUAAACUGGAUUAAACCGAAUGGUCAAAGCUCCCAUUAUCGUGUAGAAUAUGAAGAUAAGAAUGUGUCUGCUGAAAACACCUCCAUCAAUAUAAAUGAUCUGAUUCCUGGAGCACAGUACACAUUCAAAGUGUUUGCAGUUGCAGCUGAUAAUGUGACCGAGGGAAGAGCCAAUCAGAUUUCACUGUAUACCAAGCCAGGUGUGAUCAGCAAUCUCAAAAUUACUGAAAUCACAACAUCAUCUGUGUUUCUGACAUGGGAUGAACCAGUUGGAAAUAGAUCUUUCUUUAAAAUUCAGUGGAUGGGUGAUAAAACAAAUGGAAAUUCAACAACUACAAACACUUCCUAUAACAUCACUGGUCCUACUGCUGGAGUCAGUUACACAUUAAACAUCACAGCUGUUGCAGCAGAUAACUCAACAGAUGGAGAAUCAGUGGUUACCUCAAAAUACACUAGUAUGUUUUCCAAUUAA